CAAGCUUACCAGAGCCCACGCCUUGUGCCUGCCGCAUGGACGGCCAGGGCAGCGUGAUGGCGCAAGGGCCAGAGCGAAGCGACAGGCCCUUCCCGGCUCCUCCGGGCCUUAGUGCCCAGGAGGCAUCUACACACGAGGCGGUGCGGGAGGCCGUGCUGCGAGAUAUCGAGGCUAAGGUCGCUGAGAAGAUGGACGAAGUGUGGCAGAAGGGCCAGCAGAUGUUGGCGCAGGUGCAAAAGAAGCAGCAGGAGAAGACCGAGCAGCUGACGGCGCAGAUUGUGCAGUGCAAGGAGCAGCAGGCGGCCUUGGAGCGCGAGAACCAGGCCCUCAAGCAGGUACUCACCGACUUGGCGCAGAAGCUGAUGCAGCUUGGAAAAGACUCGCCAGGUCUCUCCUCGGCGCCGACCACCGCCAGCAACACAGCGACGCCCCAGCGGUCAGACACCGGGCCGGAGGCAGAGUAUUCCUCGACGCCACUGCGAGAGGAUCCGAGCCAGGUGCCGCCAUUCCCGCAGCCCUUGCAGCCCCCGGCGCCGCUGCUCCUUUCCGAGGCUUUGUGCUCGUCUUCCCCGAUGCACCUGAGUUUGGCUAGCACGCUUCAGGCAUGUGGACCCAUGGUCUUCAGCAUGACGCUGCGCAAGGCCGACGGGGCGGAGCUGGGCCUCAACGUGAAGCCCCUGGACGAGGUGCUGCUGGUGGAGGGCGUACGCCCGGAGGGCGCCGUCGAGGCCUGGAACAGGCAAUGCGCCAGCAGUGCCCAUCCUGAGCGCGUGGUGCUGGCGGGAGACAGGAUUCGCAGCGUCAACAACCAAACUGACCCGGAGAAGAUGCUGGAGGAGUGCAGAGAAAAGCAGCUUCUGAAGCUCACGCUGGUCCGUGGUGAUGGCCCGGUGCCGGAGAUACCCUCAAAGUCCUUGCGCGCAGACGCCUCUGAGUUUGUACCCAAGGCGCCAGAGUGAACAAGCUUGGUGUAAAGUGGCCCGGCCAGUUGUGUUUCACGGCUGGUCUGCAGUUUUCACCCCACAUGUGAAGCACGGAAUGGUUCCAUUUUGAGCAGAGGCAAGG